UAUCAAACAUACAUAAAUCCAGAAGUAAAUAAACAAAAGAAAAAGGAAAUAGCGGCGGCGUCCAUGGUCCGUACUGCCGUCGCCGUCGCCGUUCCGGCGCUGCCUCCUCUGAAAACAAUAACCGGAAACCUAGAUUCAGCACCACCUUUCACGGUCACAAGAAGACGCCUCCUUCUCUUAGCAUCCACCGUGUCCUCCCUCCCCACGGCUGCCGCCUCCGCCGCGGCCCCUCGAUUCGGCGAGAUCCCCAGCUCCGGGGGCGUGAAGGCGCUAGACCUCCGGGAUGGUUCCGGCGAGAUCCCGGUCGACGGCGACCAGGUUGCAAUUCAUUAUUAUGGGAGACUGGCUGCGAAGCAAGGUUGGCGCUUCGACUCAACCUAUGAUCACAAGGAUGAGAGCGGGGAUCCAAUGCCUUUUGUCUUCACCAUUGGGUCUGGAAAGGUUAUAUCUGGUAUUGAAGCAGCAGUGAAGUCCAUGAGAGUCGGUGGUCUUCGCCGUGUGAUCAUUCCCCCAUCACAGGGAUACCAAAACACAUCACAAGAACCAAUUCCCCCUAAUUUCUUUGACCGGCAGAGAUUAUUUACUACUAUAUUCAACCCGACACGGCUCGCAAAUGGCGAGGGUUCCACUCUUGGUACGGUCAUCUUCGACAUCGAGCUAAUAAGCAUAAGGCAGCAUACAUAACUCAUGUGCUUUGCCAAGGCUACAGGCUGAUUAUGCUUCUGUAAAUGUAAUAUGGAGAAUGUAUAGUGAUUUCCUCCACAUGUUAAUCAUUCUAAAUCGCGCAGAUACAGAUGCUGUCCUACAAAAAGUAAGAACACUGUAAAAAAGGUCAUUCGAAAUCACUUCAGUUCUCACAUUUCAUCAUUUUGCUGUGGUAAUAACCAAAUAUCCGGUAUC